ACUCCAGCUGAGUCCUAGCAGAAACCAGCAUGGCGGCCUCCAGUGUUUUGCGACCGGGCUUGUUCAACCACAAAGUAGCGAUAGUGACCGGCGGAGGAACCGGGAUCGGUAAAGCCAUCUCUGCGGAGCUGCUGGAGCUGGGCUGCAGCGUGGUGAUCUCCAGCAGGAAGGCAGAAAGGCUGGAGGCAGCGGCUCAGCAGAUGAGGCAGAAGAUCCCCCCCAGUAGCCCUGCUAGUGUCACCACAGUUCCCUGUAACAUCCGCAGUGAGGACGAGGUGAAGGCUCUUGUGUCUUCGGUGCUGAAGCGGUAUGGUAGGAUAGACUACCUGGUGAACAACGGAGGGGGUCAGUUCAGCAGCCCGGUGGAGAAGAUAGCCUCCAAAGGCUGGAAGGCUGUGAUAGACACCAACCUGACUGGAACCUUUUACUGCUGCAAGGAGGUCUACACAGCCUGGAUGAAGCAGCAUGGAGGAGUGAUCGUCAACAUCAUCGCUGACAUGUGGAAAGGCUUCCCAGGCAUGGCGCACACAGGAGCAGCGAGGUCAGCUGUGGAUAACCUAACCAAGACGAUGGCCGUCGAGUGGGCAUCCUCAGGAGUCCGAGUCAACGCUGUGGCACCUGGAACAAUCUUCUCCAAAACUGCGAUGGAGAACUAUAAGGAGCUUGGACCUCACCUCUUCAAGAUGUCCGUCCCAUUCAGCCCUGCAAAGAGACUAGGGGUGCCAGAAGAGAUCUCCUCUGCUGUUUGCUUCCUGCUGUCUCCUGGUGCCUCGUACAUCUCUGGGGCUACCCUGAAAGUGGAUGCAGGACAGAGUCUUUAUCACUCCCUGUGGGAGAUACCUGAGCACAGCUCGUGGCCCGAAGCUCCACAGGGGGAAAACCUGGACGCUCUGAAGGAACUGCUCAAGACACAAAGCAAACUUUAAUACAUUCCAGAACAUGCAAAGAGCAAAUGUUUAGAUGGCAAUUACCACAGAAGUAUAGCCACAGCGGUAAAACACCAGACCCUUAAGGAUUGAACCUAAUUUUUUAUAUGUGGAAUGUGAAAAUUGUGUGCAAAUUUGUAUAUAAUUAAGUAGCAGCAUGAGUGUAACUUUUUGUUGGGAAAGAUAUAGCAAUAAGAUUUGAAAUGUGCUUAAAAAUAUUUUAAUUACCAUUUUCAGCUGUUUUGAAGGUAAUGCCAUACUUCUUUUUACUUAACACACAAGUGCUUUACAAAUGGACGUUUCGUCACUAAACACUAAGAGAUUGAAAAAUGUAAACCAUAAAAUAUGGGUAGUCUGCCCUUUUACCUGAGACUAAAAAUUAGUAAUGUAAUCUGUAAUGUAAGUAUUUUCAUGACCUAGAUAAGGAUGGGAAGAGGUAGGAAAAAUGUAAUUUCCUGAUUUACUUGCUUAUUCAGUUUUCUAGCUGUGACCAUACAUCCAUCAAUAAUAUAAAUUUCAUCCAUAUUUCA